UCCCCCGAUCGGACGCGUUUCAGUCUUGGCUGCGUCCAGUUCCCAGCUUCCGUCCCAGUUCAUCCGUCCCAAGCCUAAGCCAUGACGCUUCUCCAGUACGUAAAGAUUGUGCUCUGCUUGCUCCUAGGAGCCGGCAGCAUCUACCUGUUUGUGGCGUCACUGAGCGUGGACUACCGCGUGCUGGUGGCCAGGGAGCAUGUCCGCUUCCGCCAGGAAAUGCCCACUAUGGACAGCUGGAUCAACUCCCCGUUCGGCAAGCUCAAGAAUUACGUCUUCAACGUUACCAACGCCGAGGCAUUCCUCGCCGGCAACGACACUCGGCUGAAAGUGCAGGAGAUCGGUCCCAUUACCUACAAUAUAGUGGGCUACAAUGACAUCCUGGAGCGCAACGCGACACACGUGAAGUACAGCAAGCACCGCUAUCGCAUCGUGGAGUUUCUGCCGGAGGAGAGCGUGGCUCCCGAUGUGCUCAACUGGACCAUUACGUCCACCAACAACGUUCUCCUGGGGGCCGCAGCGAAACUAAAGCACCAGGCACCGUUUUCGGCUCUCGGUUUUGACGCCAUUUUUGCAAGCGAGGACGAGUUCGUGACCAACUCCAUUUACUACUUUCUCUGGGAGUUCACCCGACCUUUGCUCCAAGGACUCUCAAGGUUUUCCAACUUGGCCUCCAAUGUCGCGGUCCUGCACAACGCUCUCAAGGACAAGAGGGAGGAAUACACGGUAAAUAUCGGCCCUGAGCGCGGUAUUGAGAACUUUUUUCGCAUCGAGGCCCUGAACGACGAAGUCGUCAUCCAGGAGCAGUCCUCGAACAGUUACCGUUACGAAAGUGAGGAGUGUCCGUACAACGUGACUGGCGCCCUCGACAACUCCCUCUACCCGCCCUUCGUCCAGCCGAACACGCCGCUCGACGUCGUCGCCAUCGAGUCCUGCCGAGUGCUCCCGCUCAACUACCACGGCCAGGAGGUCUACAACGGUGUCAACACCUACCGCUACACGCUGCUUGAGGCCCUCCAGAAGCCACCGAAGUGCCUGGACACCACCUACGCGUACAAGCUGUACGACGGCAUGUUUGACGUCUCCAAGUGUGUGAUAAACGAUGCCCCAUCUGCGUUCUCAAUGCCGCACUUCUACGGCACCAGCUACAACUGGAGCGAGCAUUACGAGGGAUACACGCCCAACGCCGAGGACCACCAACCCUUCAUCCUCCUGGAGCCGAUCACGGGUAUACCGGUCACGGAGAAGUACCGCUUCCAGUCGAACAUUCCCAUCCCAGACCUGAGCAGCUUCAGCCGGCGCCUGAAGAGGUACAGCAAUAUGAUGGUGCCCAGUUUUUGGUACGAGUUUGAAAUGGGUGAGCUACCCUUCUUGGUAGUGGCCCUGAUGUGGUUCAACGUGAACGUGGUGCAGCACAUGCAACCCUACUGCAUGGGCUUCUUCCUGCUGCUGGCCGUGUGGAGCCUCCUAAAGGCCAUCAGAGUGGCCUGCGGCGACCUGGGUUACGUGGACCUCUAUCGCAAGGCGUGCGGCGGCGGAACGCGGAACAUCAUGCUGGAGACAAGGUUCGUGCCGACCUCAGCCCUUGCGCAACAUACCCUCCCCGGCCAGCUCUCCGACCUGGCUGUCAAGUAGUGUCUACUCCCGGACUAGACCCGCGUGUAUAUAUGUUUGUACCAGACUUAGGCUAGGCUAGAGGUGCCACUCUGAUGCACUUAUCAGUAGUUGGCCGUUACGUAAUAUAACGAUUAAGUUGAAAA